CCCCACCUUGCUGUCCCCCCAGGACAUGGGGUCCCCUGGGGGCUCAGCUCUGGGCUCCCCACGUAAGGCUGCCUCGGGUCCCAGGGUCUUCCGUGUCCCUCAGAUCAUCUUGACAGAAUGCACCUCCAGCUCUUCCUCCCCGCCAGAGACCAGCUUAGAGGAGCUGGGUCCUAGGACAGUCCCCACACCAAGACCCCGGACCCUGGCUGGCAGUGGGAGGGCUUGGAAUAGCCCACGGACCUUGCUGGGACUAGCAGCUGAGGUACUCUGGCCUGGAAGCGGCUCAGUGUCCAGAGAAGAGCCAGCGAUUCUACAGAGCCCACAUGAGGCAGAAGCCAGAGUCCUCUGUCCUCAGGGACCAUCCCCGGAUGAGACUCGGAAGCCUUUAACCUCUGAGAGCCUCUCGGAGGAGACCCCUCAGAACUCUGAAUGGGACACAGAAGCUUGCAGUAGGGGCCAGCGGCUGGCCAUCAGCCUGGGAAGAACAGUACGGGCCACCACCCUGCUGCGUAUGGACAGCCUGGAGGAGACGCUCCAAGAACUGGAAGCCACCCUGAUGGAGAUGGGCGCCAACGCGGCAAUGAAGCGUCCAGGCAGCCCCCAGCCCCUGUCCCCUCACCCCCAGGUGGCUGCCUCCCGCCUCAUCUCCCCCGCUCCCUUCCUGCUCCCGUCUCUGGGCUUACAGAGUGGAGGGAGCGGGGCCGCAGGAGCUCUGACCAUCUCCCUCAUGCCCGCUGUCUUUGUCUCAGCCUUCCAUGCCCUGGGAGUCCGUUUCCAGGCCAAGGCCUAUGGGUAGAGCCAGGGACGGCCGGGAAGCCGGCCCACCCAGGACUCAGCUCUGCUUGGGCCUGAACCAGGUGGCCUCUGUCCCUGUCUCAUCUCUGUAAACCAGAGAAUAAAGCUUUCUCAUCUUCUCUGCCCCUU